AGCAGGUGAGAUAGAGAGAGUUGGAAAGUAGGCCUUAGUCGUUCAGUCAGUAGUCAACUGCGUCCCCAGACGAUUGGUUGUCGUAAUGUUCGUGGUUCUCUGUUUGCUGCUCAUCCUCAGUCUAGGUCACUGUCAGGACAAUGAUCUUCCGUCGAGGUUCGAGAUUGAGAGCUCAAUCAACCGUACGAUCGAGGAAGUCGAGAGACAGGUUCGCGAAGACUCCAGUCUACCCCAGCUGAGUAGGCAAGAAAUAGUGAAUAUUCUGCAAAAUAUCACGUCGCGGGAUUUGAAGGAAUUUAAAGACAAAGGAAAGUUUGAGAGAGCGAGGAAUUUGUACCAAAGAGCACUCAUGGUUGUCCUUCCUUACAGUGCCGAGGAAUCGUCUGGAAAUUUGAAGGAUCUGUUCACGAAACCGCCUAUGACACAGAUGAUUCCUGACUUUUUGAAAUCGGAGACCGGCAAAAACUUGUCAGUGGAAGAAGGCGCGAGAAAAGAGGACAACGAUGUACAAAAUUCGGAGGCUUUGGUUACCGAAAACUUGGUACUAAAUCCUGACUCUUAUAAGACGACUUUGAAAGAGUCUACCACGAUGAAGAAUCGGUAUAAAAAUCACAGAGAUACGUACUCAGAAGUGCGUACGAAGGUACCAUUAAAGGAAACGUUGAAGCUGGACUCUACGCCAGUCAGGUUUAGUUUCAACCUGGAGAAUCUUCAGAAGAACGCACACGCCGCUGAGAAAACGACCACGAUGAAGUAUCCAAUUUACAGAGGUAAUGAAAGCAACGGUUCAGAGUUGGAAAUUAUCUAUAGCACCAGCGUUACCGACGAACCAACUACAAAAUCAGCUUCCAAGGAAAUUACUAUCGACUUGGAAAAAAUCAGAGGAAACCAGAAUAUAUUGACAUCCAGUCAGUGGCGUUAUAACGCGCCACCGAUUACCACGAAACCAACUUUGCCUUCUAAACUCGACAAGGUACCGUUCCUUCCAACCAUUAUCUCGGAUCCUGAAGAUCGUUUUCCUGUUUCUUCCACGCAGAAAUCAGAAGUCUUCACGAAAGACACGAGAAGCACAGAAGUUCCGGCGAUCAGUUCUGAAAGACCAACUGCUCUUUAUGUCACUCCAAUGUCCACCGAAACGUCAUCCAAAGUAAAAUAUAGUUCUACGUAUUCCCUGAAUUCUGCAGGAUUCCGUCAAGCUACGCCAAUUAAUACUAUCUCUACUACCACGUCCAUGCCUGUGAGGUCAGAGGUUAUGGAUCUGUUGGCUUCGAUUGGCUUACGGCCAGACAAUAACAGCAACGUCGAGGAUGUUUAUAAGAAGAACAAGGAUAUCCUGGAGAGCAAGGUUCAAGUUCCAGACCUGAAUAGUAUUCAGGGCUCGAUUUCAGGUCUGACUUCCGUCGGAAGUAACGCGGUAUCGAUUGUAGAUCAAAACACCUUUGAAACUACAGGAUCCGAGAUCAAGAAGGGAGUAAAGAAUUUAACUCCAGACGUUCAAAUGCUCUUCCAAAGAUUUGGUCUCCAAACUUCGAACCUGGACCAGUCCUCGACCACCACAACGCAGAAAACCACCGUCAACUUGAACUCGUACACGAACUUCAAACCGCUUCCUACUUCUAGCGUGAAGGAUCAAGAGAUGAGGGAGUUUUUGGCGAAAUUUGGGCUCGGUGUGAACAACAAAAGAAAGCAGAAGUCGAUGAAGGCGUCCACGGAGGCCCCCUCCGUGAUCGAAGCUGUACCCCACAACAUGAGAGGGAUUCUGGAGAACAUUGGUCUGAUAUCUAACUCGCAGAGGGCUAGCAAAGCCGUGAUCAAUACCGUGGAGGACAUGGAAUCGACGGAGACGUCCAAGUUUCACGUGUUCAAGCCUCACGAGGUGACGCUGAAGGAUGAAAAUCAGAGGAACAAGAUUAACGAGCUUUUGGACACCGUGAAGCAGGUCCAGGAGGGUAAGGCUGAUAUUCAGAAAGUUAGAAAAGUCGCGAAUGAUCUGUUAAAAACUACGAAGAUUUUGAAAGAUGGUCCAGAUCCUUUGAAGCUCGAGGAGAUCAUCAAGACCUACAACGAGAAUGUGAGAAACGAGGUGAAGAGGCAAGAGGAACAGCAGCAAGAAGCGACCACUACUACCACCACCACGGAACAAACUAUCACACCUUCCUCCCCUGCAACUGAAUCGGCAGAAACCACGUUAAGUACUUCCACGACGACAGAUUCUGCGAGAGCAGCUUCUGACCAGUCGAAUUCGACAGCCGAGAUUUCGUCCGAGGAUACUUCCACGACAGCUACGAAUCUGAUGGCUCUGGAGGAGUCUUUCGGUGGUACGACCAAAGAACCCGAUCCCGUAUUGCCUCCGAGAAGGAAAAGCGGUCUCUAUUUCUUGGUGGACUGGAACUCGUUCCUGGAAGUCGGCGAGGAGGACAAAGAGAAGAUCAACUUGAGGUUCCAGCCGAAAGUUGGCGACAGAUCGAGAUUCUUACCAGUGACCGUGCCUUAGAAAUUAGUAAUACUGGAAAUUGUUCGUAGCACAGGGUUUCAUAGUGUAUAUUGCGUUUCUUGAGUAACGAAUUUAACGUUACGUUCGAAGAUCAAAAUAACCAUUGUUUUCGUUUAAAUCAUAUGUACAUACAGGUAAUAUAUCGUUGAAAGGGGUAUGGAGGAUUAAGAAAUUAUACAUGGUUUAUGUAGGUAUUGUUUUUGGAAAAUUUUGGGGUACUAUGCACUGAUAAUUCUUAUGGUCCGAACUUCAGGGAUAAUUGUUACGUCACACGUAUCAUGACACGUAGUUAUUUAUGCACGUUGUUUGUAAUCGUUUUGUACGAUGUGUUGACUGAAUAAAACGUUUUCUCUA